AUGUCAGUCUUCCAUCGACGAAAGGGCGAGGCCGAGGGGGACGUUGAGGCCGGUGAUCGUGAGGAUCACUCUGGCAGCACCGUCGCUCCCCCCGAGCCUCAGGCCCAUUCCCAUCACCAGGCCCAGCCCCAGGAGAACCUACCCGAGUACGCUGCCCUGGAGCGCUACAUCUCCACCUACCGUGAGGGCUCGCGCAUGGGCGGCGACGACAACCAGAAGAAGCGCCGCAACGUCAAGUGGUGGCAGUUUUGGCGGUCGACUGACUCCGGUCUGCUCGACGAUGCCGAGCCGGCCAAGAGGGUUGUGCCCGAGGCUUGGCUGGACACGGACAUUCGCACUGGUAUUCGUAUCAACGAGGUCGACGAGAGGAGAAAGUGGUCUGGCUGGAACGAGCUGAGCGCCGAGAAGGAGAAUAUGUUUGUCAAGUUUCUUGGUUUCUUUACUGGUCCUAUUCUAUAUGUCAUGGAGGUUGCCGCCCUGUUGGCUGUCGGUCUGGGUGACUGGAUCGAUUUCGGUGUCAUCUGUGGUAUCUUGCUGCUCAACGCUUUCGUCGCCUUCUACCAGGAAAAGUCCGCUGCCGAUGUCGUCGCCUCUCUCAAGGGAGACAUUGCCAUGCGAUGCACUGUUGUCCGUGACGGCCAGGAGCAGAACAUUCUCGCCCGUGAAAUCGUUCCCGGUGACAUUCUCAUCAUCCAAGAAGGUGACACCGUUGCCGCUGAUGUUCUCCUGAUUUGCGACUACACUCGUCCUGAGGACUUCGAGGUCUUCAAGCAGCUCCGCGCUGAAGGCAAGCUCGGCAGCAGUGACGACGAGGCUGAGGAAGACGAAAAGGAACAUGAGGAGAGCGUUCUGGUCUCCCACCGCGCCACUUCUCUUGUUGCCGUCGACCAGUCCGCCAUCACUGGUGAGUCCCUCGCCGUCGACAAGUACCUCGGAGAUGUUGCCUACUACACCACCGGCUGCAAGCGUGGAAAGGCCUAUGCCAUUGUCACCGCCACUGCCCACGACUCCUUUGUCGGUAAGACUGCCGACCUGGUUCAGGGCGCCAAGGACCAGGGUCACUUCAAGGCUGUCAUGAACAACAUUGGUACUUCUCUGCUCGUCCUCGUCAUGUUCUGGAUUCUCGCUGCCUGGAUUGGCGGUUUCUUCCACCACCUCAAGAUUGCCGAGCCCGGCUCCCAGAACCUGCUCCACUACGCCCUUGUGCUGCUCAUUGUUGGUGUUCCCGUCGGUCUGCCCGUCGUCACCACCACCACCCUGGCUGUCGGCGCUGCCUACCUCGCCAAGCAGAAGGCCAUUGUCCAGAAGCUCACUGCCAUCGAGUCCCUUGCCGGUGUCGAUAUCCUCUGCUCUGACAAGACCGGUACUCUCACUGCCAACAAGCUCUCCAUCCGUGACCCCUACGUCGUUGAGGGCCAGGAUGUCAACUGGAUGAUGGCCGUUGCCGCUCUCGCUUCUUCCCACAACCUCAAGACCCUCGACCCCAUUGACAAGGUCACCAUCCUGACCCUCAAGCGCUACCCCAAGGCCCGUGAGGUCCUUCAGCAGGGCUGGGUCACCGACAAGUUCACCCCCUUCGACCCCGUCUCCAAGCGAAUCACCGCUGAGUGCCGUCUCGGCAAGGACAAGUUCAUCUGCGCCAAGGGUGCCCCCAAGGCCAUUCUCAAGCUGGCCAACCCCGCCGAGCCCCUCGCCUCUCUCUACCGCGAGAAGGAUCGUGAGUUUGCCCGCCGUGGUUUCCGAUCUCUGGGUGUCUGCUACAAGAAGAACGACGAGGACUGGGUUCUGCUUGGUCUCCUGUCCAUGUUCGACCCCCCCCGUGAGGAUACCGCCCAGACCAUUCUCGAGGCUGCCCAGCUCGGUGUUCCCGUCAAGAUGUUGACUGGUGACGCCAUUGCCAUUGCCAAGGAGACCUGCAAGAUGCUUGCCCUCGGAACCAAGGUCUACAACUCUGAGAAGCUCAUCGGCGGUGGUCUCGGCGGCGCUGUCGCCCACGACUUUGUCGAGCGUGCUGACGGUUUCGCCGAGGUCUUCCCCGAGCACAAGUACCGUGUCGUCGAGAUGCUCCAGCAGCGUGGCCACUUGACUGCCAUGACUGGUGAUGGUGUCAACGACGCUCCCUCUCUGAAGAAGGCCGACUGUGGUAUCGCCGUCGAGGGUUCCACCGAGGCUGCCCAGGCUGCCGCUGAUAUCGUCUUCCUUGCCCCCGGUCUGUCCACCAUCGUCCUUGCCAUCAAGACCUCUCGCCAGAUCUUCCAGCGCAUGAAGGCCUACGUCCAGUACCGUAUUGCUCUGUGUCUCCACCUUGAGAUCUACCUGACCCUGUCCAUGAUCAUCAUCAACGAGACCAUCCGUGUCGACCUGAUUGUCUUCCUUGCCCUGUUUGCCGAUUUGGCCACCGUCGCCGUCGCCUACGACAAUGCCCACUACGAGCCCCGUCCCGUCGAGUGGCAGCUGCCCAAGAUCUGGGUCAUCUCCGUCGUCCUCGGAAUAUUGCUUGCCCUCGGUACCUGGGUCCUCCGUGGAACCAUGUACCUGCCCAACGGCGGUAUCAUCCAGAACUUUGGCUCUGUCCAGGAGAUUCUCUUCCUCGAGGUUGCUCUUACUGAGAACUGGCUGAUCUUUGUUACCCGUGGUGGCCGCACCUGGCCCUCUUGGCAGCUCGUCGGCGCCAUUCUCGGUGUCGACAUCAUGGCCACUCUCUUCGCCCUCUUCGGUUGGUUGUCUGGUGCUCCUGAGCUCGACAACCCCGUCGACCUUGCCAAGCAGCGUCACGAUGGUUGGACCGACAUUGUCACCGUUGUCAUUGUCUGGCUUUACUCUUUCGGUGUCACCAUCUUCAUUGCCAUCAUCUACUUCAUCCUCAACCAGAUCCCCUGGCUCAACGACCUCGGCCGCAAGGACCGCAAGCGCAAGGACACCAUUGUCGAGAACGUCCUCACUGCUCUCCAGAAGCUCGCCAUUGAGCACGAGAGAGACGAGGCGACGGGUGUUGACCGUUACCUCCUUGCCGACAAGGCUAUUGAUAACGAGGAUGAGUAA